GACGUCAUGGUCAUGUGAGCAAGUGUCAUGGCCGACAUAACAAAAGUCUAACAUUUCUGAUUUUAGAUUGAAGACACAUUUUAUAGAGCAAACGCUGCACAAGGUGCAACAACAUACACACGAGUGAAACAUGUCUAAGGGUGACUUUGGUUAUGGAGCAGUGAGGGAGUACAGAGAUGACCCGGGGUCUAGAAGAGACUAUAGAGACUCUGUACCUCCACCCAGAGGAGGGCCUCAAACAGGUGUUGGUGACAGAUUACUGACAGAGUUAUUUGAGAAAAUAAGCAGCAACAUAUUUAGAAUUAACAAUAAUGCUACUGUGCUAGAGAGAGCCUUAAAACAAAUUGGAACUGCCAAAGAUAGUGUUCAACUCAGAGACAAAAUUCAUGAUACCCAACAAAAUUCUAACAGAGUUAUUGGAGAGACAACAAGAUGUUUCAAACAAGCUUCCACAGUCAGUAAACAACACAUAGAGAGACAACAAAAAUUACAAAUAGAAAGAUUACGUGGAGAGUUUGAAGAAACAUUAAAAAGAUAUUCCUCUUUACAAAAGCGGGUUACUGAAAAAGUGCGGUCGACGGUAUCUUUAUCUAAACCUACCACCACUCCUAUGGGAGACUUAGUUAGCUGGGAGGAAAAUGAGGAUGAUAAACGGAGACUUGUUGAAGAAGAUAAUAGAAGAGCUCAACUCAUGCAGCAACAAGAAGACAUUGAAAAUGAUGUUGCACUCAUACAAGAGAGAGAAGAUAGAAUUAGGCAACUAGAGGGUGAUAUUUUAGAUAUCAAUGAAAUAUUCCGUGACUUAGGUGCACUAGUUUAUGAACAAGGAGAAGCGAUAGAUACUAUAGAGGCGAAUGUAGAAAAAGCAUAUGACAAUGUCGAGUCAGGGAAUGAACAACUGGUCCAAGCUUCCAUAUAUCAGAAAAAAUCUCGGAAGAAAAUGUGCUGUUUAGCUGCAAUAUUGUUCGUAGUUGCUGGGGUCGUCACUCUAAUCAUAGUUCUAUCUGUUAAACACUAGGGGGAGCUGCAAUCCAUAUACGAGCCAUACAUCAAGAUAGGAAUGCAUAAGGAGCUUUUAAUAGUUAACAUGGUUUAGUGCACACACAUUUACUUGAAUGACAAAGAAGCAUUUAAUAGUUAUGUGAACACAGUACAUAUGUAGUGGACAAACAUUUCCUUAAAUGUUCAGUUAAUAUAGCGGAAUCAUUCUGUGGCUUGAAAUUAACAGUUACUGACCAGUUGCCAGUGUCAAUCAUUUUAACUAGAUGGAUUUAAACUUGAAAGAAUGGUUGUUUAUUGGGCAGUGGACUGAAUGCCAAUAUCAUAAAUAUAACCACACAUGAUUUCAAC